AUGACCCUCGAUGAACCGUCCAACCUUGCGCGCGUGGACGGUGACAUCCUCGUUCGUGACAACACCGUCUUGCUGGACGUGGAUGCACUGGCGAGCCUGCAGUCGUACGGUGGCUCGUGGGUGAUUGCCAACAACUCGAACCUGUGUUUCAUUGGCCCAUUCCUGCUGGAGAACAUUGCUUCGUUGGAAGUGAACAGCGACAGCGAGGAGUUCCCAGACGUGAUGCUGGCUCGUGAUGACUGCCCCGCCGAGCGCGCAGACACAGAUGGCGAUGGAGUGUUUGACGACAAGGACAACUGCCCGCGCGUGUUCAACCCGCAGCAGCGCGACAGCGACAGCAACGGCAUCGGCGACGUGUGCGACUGCAACGAGGGCUCGGAUGCGUUCUGCGCCAACGGCGGCACGUGCGUGCAGGACGCGCAGGCGCGCCACUACAUCGUGUAUCCUGUGCCGCAGAUGCAGGUCGAGCACUCGGCGCUGUUCCAGCAGCAGCCCGUUCGCGUGUCCUCCGUCGCCUUCACGCAGCCGUACCUGCUGCUGCCAGGCACCAACCCAGAGGUCGUCACCGACAGCGCGACCACUGACACGGUGACGACGCGGCUGAGCGCUGCGUGGGCAUCAUUGCAAGCGGAGGAAGACGUUGAUGUUCCUCGCCAGCCAGCGCACGACGUGGUGGCGACGCUGCUGUCUGCCAGCACGGUGUGGUUUGACGCUCCGCACGUGCGGGUGCACCUGCAAGCGCGCGACGCCAGCUUCAACAUGCGCACUGCUGCCACCACUGUCAGCAUCACGCUGAGCGCACGUGUGGACACUGAUGGUGACGGCACCAAGAAGGACGUGAGCGUACAGGCGUGGUGUGAGAUGAGCGCCGCUUCUUCAGGCUGCAUUGCGUGGACGAGUGUGCCUCAGUCAUGGUUCCCCCUUGAGAACAGCGACGGCACACCGGCUGCCAUGCGCGCAGUCACGGUCGCGUACGGCAUUGGCGCUUCUCUUUCUGCCUCUGCGUUCAUGCAAGAGCUGCAUGAGGACAUGAUACUUGAUCCUGAUGCGCCAUCCACACUCAACGUGACAUCGGCAGCACCGACAAGUGCCACCGCUGCGUGGCCGCGGCCCCACGGUAACUUUGCUCCCAUCGACUACUACACGCUCGAUAUCCGCCUGCACAACACCACGGACGCGUGGCUCCCCGUCACAUGUGCCAAUACCUCGUUCCCUCCUGGUGACACGCGCACACCGCUCCCGCACAACCAGUGUCGCUAUCUUGAUCACGAGCCCGCGAGUAUGGACGAGCUGGCAACACCGCUGCACGCCACAAUCACCGGCCUGCUUCCGUUCACCGCCUACGACGUGCGUGUGCGCGCUGUGCACGGUCGCGGGGUGAGCGGGUUUACAACAGCAGGUGUUGUGACUGCAGAGGAUGUGCCGAGCAGACCCGCCGCUCCGCUGGUGCUGGAGGUGCGGCAGCGCGCUGUGCGGGUGAACAUCAACGCCCCGACCCCCGCCAACGGCCGCAUCGUGGCGUAUGAUGUGCAAAUCGUGGAGACGCGCAUGGAAACCCCUGGCCGCCGGCCCCUCACUCGCAUCAUCACGCUCCCCACCAACGGCGACACCACCACCACCAACAACAACAACACCACCACCAACGCCACCAUCAACACCAACGCCAGGGAAUACACGAGCAGUGACCUUCGCCCGGCCACGCCGUACAACGUGAGCGUGCGCGGUGUGACGAGUGCAGUAGCCGGACCGUUCAGUGCACCUGCGCUGGUGACGACGCUGCCGGCUGCCCGGUGA